AUGAAUCUCUAUGUAGUUCUGUGGACUAGCCUAGCAGUCUUUGCUGUUGUACAAGCCCAAGAUGCUAACAACCAAACCUCCCAGGUUGACGUGGGCACCACCGAAUUGCAAGCGGGAUCGCAAACUCAAGGGUAUGUUGGAACACCUGAGCCAACCAAGAGGUACAUCGAUUUCAGCAAGGUGGACAUGUCAGCAACCGUCCCCCAGAACGGGACGAUGAGCCCGGCAAGGCCGGUUCAGGAAACGAAUCCGCCGACACCAGUACCCACUCCACCACCGACCCAAGCCCCAACGCCGGCCCCGACACCCGCUCCAACGCCAGACCCCGGUCCGUGGGUGACGAAAACUAUCGGCCACGAUGAUGUGAAGCCGUUCCCUCAGCCCGAACCGGUCACGAUCUCAGAGAAGGCUGGUGUCAAGUUCAAACCUCAGAUUCAAAUCCGGACGGGAUGUGAGCCGUACCCUGCCGUGAACGAAUACGGGGAGACCAGCGGUGGUCUGAAAACUUCUGGUAAAUCUAGGGGCAAUUGCGGUGGAUCUGGUCACGGCUCCCAGGUGUACGGCCGUUCGACGUGGAUCGAGGGUGUGUGGGCCAUCAUGUACUCGUGGUACUUCCCGAAAGAUUCUCCAUCGCCCGGAAUGGGUCACCGCCACGACUGGGAGUAUGUCGUCGUGUUCAUCAACAAUCCUGAGGUCCAGGAACCAAAGAUCCUUGCCUGCUCAGUGGCGUCACAUGGCGGCUACAAGAAAUUCAACCCGUGCCCGCCAUGGGUGAUUGACGGCACCAGUCUCAAGGUUCGAUACAAACACGCUUGGCCGAUGAAUCACGACCUCGAUACUACGGGGGAUGGUGGUUCAUUCCAAGAUCUCAUCAUGUGGGACCAGAUGACGAACGAUGCCCGCAGGGCUCUCAACUCGGUUUCGUUCGGCAAGGCCAACACACCGUUUAUUGAUGGCAGGUUCCGUAAGAAGCUUGAGGACGCCUGGCCCUUCUAA